AUAAUUGUCUCACAUAGAAUAUUUAUUGAAUUAAAGUUAUAAAAAGAAACAAAAUAAAAUUAAAGAUGACUGAGACUGAGCAGCUCAAAGCAAGAAUCAAUGAACUUGAAAGACUUCUUGAAAAACAGAUUAUGGAGCCAAAAGCAAGACCAAAGAUUGCUGAAAUGAGCUCUGAAGUUGUUGAUAGCAAUCCCUACAGCCGAUUAAUGGCUUUGAAAAGAAUGGGUAUUGUGGACAACUAUGAGAAAAUACGUGAUUACUCCGUUGCUAUUGUUGGAGUAGGCGGAGUAGGAAGUGUUACUGCUGAAAUGCUCACUAGAUGUGGAAUAGGAAAAUUGUUAUUAUUUGAUUAUGAUAAAGUAGAGUUGGCAAAUAUGAACAGGUUGUUUUUCCGCCCUGAUCAAUCAGGUAUGAGUAAAGUAGAAGCUGCUGAACACACACUGAGAGAAAUUAAUCCUGAUGUUCAAUUUGAAACUUAUAAUUAUGACAUCACUAAAGUGGAUUGUUUUAAUCAUUUUAUGAGUUGCAUCAGCAAAGGUAGCAUUACUGGUGGUCCAUUAGAUUUGGUAUUAUGCUGUGUUGACAAUUUUGAAGCUCGUAUGGCAAUUAAUACAGCUUGUAAUGAGUUGGGGCAGCCAUGGAUUGAAUCAGGCGUUAGUGAAAAUGCUGUAUCAGGACAUGUUCAAGUAAUUUUACCAGGGGAAACUGCUUGCUUUGCAUGUGCACCUCCAUUGGUUGUGGCUGCAAACAUAGAUGAAAAAACAUUAAAAAAAGACGGUGUAUGUGCUGCAUCACUGCCUACGACAAUGGGAAUAAUUGCUGGUUUUCUUGUACAAAAUACCCUCAAAUAUUUGUUGAAGUUUGGGCAAGUGACAUACUAUCUUGGCUACAACGCAAUGCAAGAUUUUUUCCCUACAAUGAUAAUGAAAGCAAAUCCUGGGUGCGAAGAUAAAUUUUGUGUUCUCCAACAACAGAAAUAUCAAGAAAUAUUGAAAUCAAAGCCAUUAGAUUUAAAUAACAAAAAAGAAGUACCUGUUGUUAUACACGAAGAAAACAAUUGGGGAAUAUCAUUAGUAGACGAAUCGUGCAAUUUACGAGAAGAUAAGCAGCUACCAAAACUUUCCGAAGGUCUUCAGUAUGCAUACACAACACCAACUCAAACCGAAGAUGUUUGUUUGAUUGCAGCUGAAUCGGCAGGUGACGAUCAACAGAGUCUUGAAGAACUUAUGAAUGCGCUAAAAAGUGUUUGAUUUUUGCGUCAAGUGAAACAAUUUGUAGUUGGUUAUUUAUAAAAUUAAAAAAGUUUUUGCGUGUUCAAAAAUAGCAUGUUCGAAA